GCCCGACGGUCGUCACCACCUCCUGACCAUGAUGGAGACAUAGCGAAAGGGGCGCAGUCUUCACGGCGGCAAAUUGUCAAAGGCGUGUUGGAAAACAAAAGGCGUGGCCGCAUCUGUGAGUCCUCAAGGCCUUAUCAUCACCUUGAAGACCCUUCUACAUUCUGCACCUGUCACCAAGGAAACACCAGGUAACGAGCUAUCCGCUGCUGACUCCUGGACGCCUUGUCAUCGUUUUCGACAGCUCUUCUCCAUUCUGUACCUGUCAUAACGGUCAUCGUCACUCAAGGAACUAUAAAGCUUUGAGCUAUCCGGCUACUUCACCAUCUAUCUCCAUGUCGCUGCUUCUCGUCAUGUCUACCGAACCACCACCUCCUAUGGAUAGAUUGACGCCAUCCUGGAUGCGCCGCUCCAAAUCACGGCAAAAGCAGCCAACACAAGGAGAAGAUGUAAGACCCACAACAUCGAACGGGCUUCUUUCGCCACGGUCAGCCUCAGUAUCCAGCAACAGCGACGACUCCCGCUCAGCACGCUCAAGCAAACCUGGCCGUCGAGCCUCUAUCCAAGAUAUGGUGAAAAGACUACGCUCGCCAUCGAACGCAAGCAUAGCAAGCAACCAGUCGCAAGACAUGGAGUUCAACGAAAUAGAUAACUGGUUCUACGGGUUCCGAAAGUACAAUCGAUUUGUCACAACCAGGAACUUGGCGGAACAGGCGUGUCCAUCCCAGGAAUUUUCCAAGGCAACGAAAGCCCUCACUAAGAAUUGUGGCGGCCAGUUUCUUCACGGCCUACCGGAAGCAGCAUUCGACUUCUCGCUACUCUGGUGUCCGGCAGGCAAAUUGUCACGUAAAAAUGCAAAUGAGCCAACAUGGAGCUGGGCGGCGUACGAAGGGCCUGUCAACUUCCCCUUCGACCCAACAAGUUGCCCAGACGUCUACACGGCUCCAAUAAGUGACGGAGAGUGGUUUCGCUCAGAGAUCGUAAACCUGCACGUGGGCCCUGAGGCGUCACCUUACACCGUCCGAAGAGAGAAAAACUCACUCCGGAUCAAGUAUCCACCCUACUUCCACGCCCCACGGGGCUCUGAUUCUAGCAUCGAGUCAAACACUCUAAGUUUCACGACAACGACGAUCCCGGCAGCAGGUUUCACAGCCGAGCCAUUGCAAUACCAGGGAAAAGAGAUUCCCUGUUCGCAGCUCCUAAACGACAAGCAGCAGCACUGCGGCGUCAUCAUGGACUUUGAAUCUUCCAUUUCAGAAUCAUCACCUACCGGGCCUUUUGAGUUUGUGCUGCUAUCACGGAAUCUACGCCGCGAGCCAGGCACGCAGACUAGGAAGCCCGUUGUACCUACCAUGCAUCCGUCAGGAACACCAAUCUGGGAUGGGGACCAUUUCGUAUGGGACGAAGAGGUGGCUGACUUUGACGAUGAGCUGUUUGAGGCUGGGCCCUGGAAGAUGCUCAACGUCAUGCUGAUCAAAUGGGUUGGAGAGCAUGCUGAAAGGGUGGCGAUUGCAAGGAUACACGAAGAUGUCUGGAAGCAGCAGAGUCCUGUGAAGAAGGACAUUGUGCUCAGGUGAUGCAGUGUUGGUCUUUUCAUGCAAAGUCAAGGAGUCAAGGAAAUCUCAUAUUAACAGCAUGUGCUGGAUUGAUGUUUGUAUUAUCUACUUACAGCUUGUCUAGUAGUUUGAUUCACUUAGAUAUUAGCCGAGUGGCACAACCAAUUUAAAUCAUUGCACAAUCUCAAUGUGGGCAUAUAAUUCAUCUAUCUAUUUCUCUCGCGGUGGUUACUCACAGUGCAGACAGAAGAUAUUCAAGAUGAGCUACCUUCCGAGAGAGCAUCAUGUCCACGGCCACCACGCAUUUCGAGCUUGAGCUGAGAUUGCCUUUGAGAGAGGCCUUCCUCCACCCACCACUCAAUCAGUUCCAUACCCAUGCUCAAUUCCCAGCCUUCUUCGCCUGCGCAGCCAAACUCUCCUCGCGCUUCUUCUCCAUCUUCUCAACUGCCUCAUCGAUCUUCUUGUAGCUCCAGCUUCCGUAAAAGCUGGGG